CUUGGGAUUCAGCUUUGGAAAGUGCAACCUAACCAGACGGAGAGAUGAGAAUUUGCGAGUAAAUUCUACACGAUCGUGAAACGGCCAACUACCCAGCCAGCCAUAUAGCAUCCGGCCGCUGGGUCCCACUUACGGGAGCUGUUGGAAUCGAACAACACAUUCAACUCAACAACAAUGAGCCAAGGUAUCGAUCAAAGUGUGCAGUUGAUUGUGACUGUGUUGAGUCCAGCACAUGCCACGCAAGAAAAAUUGUUCAUCAGAACACCGCCGUAGCUCACCAGGAACGUGGUAGUGCGAAUUGACGCCCGGAGUUGACCGGGAGGGCCUCUCAUGCGGCUUUCGAGGAAGCAUAAAAUGCCAAAUGUGUUGUGCAUGGAUCGAUAUCAGAUAUCACCUGGGUGGGUUGUUGCGGAUGUUUGCCACAGUCCUAACUCCGAUACAGUAAAAGACCGAACGCUCAGUUUGCCGAGGCUGAACAUUUCGUCCACUGAUUGUGUAGCCGCCGGAGCAUUCACCGCUUGGUCGUUCAGGUACAAGCCCUUUCAAGGUGAGUUGGGGUUUGCCAAAACGUUAGUAUUGUGAUGGUUCCUCAACCUGCAUGUAUGGCAGUUCCAGUUUCUAAUCUGCCGCUGCGAGCAAUUCCGGGCGGUUAUGGAAUCUCUUACUUGGGAGCCAUCAAGGAUCGGCUUGAUUACUUCUGGAUCCAGGGAGAGGAGGAAUUUUAUCGCAGCCGUGUGGAGAAGUACAACAGCACGGUGUUCCGCGUGAGCAUGCCCCCAGGGCCCCCAAUUGCGAAGGAUGCGAGAGUCAUCUGUGUUUUAGAUCAGAAGAGCUUCCCGAUUCUAUUCGACGUGAACAAAUGCGAGAAGAGAGACCUCUUCUUGGGGACUUACAUGCCAGAUUUGAGUUACACAAGCGGUCACCGAGUUCUCUCGUACCUGGAUCCCUCGGAGGUGCGUCACGAGAAACUGAAGCAAUGGUGCUUCGACCUGAUCGCGAGGAACGGGCGCAAGUUUUUACCUGAGUUUCACACGGCAAUGGAAGAGUCUUUUGCAGUGUGGGAAGAGGCUAUGGAAAAAGGGGAGAAUGCCAAUUUGUCGGAGGAAGUGCAGCAAUUUGCAUUCAAUUUUCUAGUCCGGGCUGUGCUUCACCACGAUCCCGUGGCACCCGGCGAAGCGAGCUUGGGGAAGAAUGGCGGCCCGUAUGCGUCUGCCUGGCAUGGGCCGCAGCUCGCGCCCAUAGCAGGCCAGACGGGCCUCCCACACGCUGUGGAAGAGCUGCUGCACACCAUCCGUCUACCAUCGUCCGUGGUCAAGGAGCAGUACGACGCCUUAUACAAUUUCUUUAAAACAUACGGCGGGGAAGAGCUCGACAGGGCCGUGGCCUUGGGGAUCAAGCGCGACGAUGCCAUAGCAAAUUUGCUCUUCCUCCUCGGCUUCAACGCAUACGGUGGGUUCAACUUCUUCUUCCCGCAACUCACCGGCCAUAUUGCGCAAUGCGGCCCUGAGCUGAUGCACGAGCUCCACGAAGAGGUGGUGGCUGCCGUCCAAGCCACCGAGGGGAAAGUUACUCCCAAGUCCCUUGAAAACAUGCCAUUGUUGUCGUCUGUCGUUUACGAAGGGUUCCGGAUGAAGCCUCCCGUGCCUUACCAGUACGCCAGAGCCAAAACCGACUUCCUCAUCGAGAGUCACGAGAAUUCCUUCGAAGUGAAGAAGGGGGAGAUGUUGUAUGGUUUCCAACCCUACGUGAUGCACGAUCCCAAUGUUUUCGAGAACCCUGACAAGUUUCUUCCGAGACGAUUCAUGGGCCCCGAGGGCGAAGCGCUCCUGGGCAAUGUGUUUUGGUCUAACGGGCGAGAGACAGAUGACCCGACUGUACACGACAAACAGUGCGCUGGAAAGGAUUUGGCGGUCACCAUCUCUAGAGCUUAUGUAGCGGAGAUGUUCUUGAGAUACAAGGAAUUCACGCUGGAGGUGCAAGGGUCAGGAGUCCAAACAACGCUCCUUUUCUCCGCUCUUCAGAAAGCUUGAAGGAUUGGAGCAAGUGCCAUAAGGUAGAAGUGGAUCCUGAACCAAGUUAGAGUCCAUCGGCAUAUGCAUGACCUACUUUCCCUGGGUAGACAUGCCUUUACUUCGCUGUGGACUCCUCUACACAACCCUGCUUGGGCAACGCAACGCAACGCAACGCAAGAUAGAUGUAAGCAAUUAGAGGUGGCUACAGCUCUUGAGAUGCUCUUUUGUGCUAACAGAGACCUGAAGAUGGACUUUUUAGAACUGUAUUUUGGUUUGUGAAUUUUGAAUUUGAUGGUAAAAUCAUUGUUGUUUUCCGCA